AUGGUGUCCUGGAUGAUCUGUCGCCUGGUGGUGCUGGUGUUUGGGAUGCUGUACCCAACUUAUGCUUCCUACAAGGCUGUGAAGACCAAGAACAUUCGUGAAUAUGUUCGGUGGAUGAUGUACUGGAUUGUCUUUGCACUCUUCAUGGCAGUGGAGACCUUCACAGACAUCUUUAUUUCCUGGUUCCCUUUCUACUACGAGAUCAAGAUGGCAUUUGUACUGUGGCUGCUUUCGCCCUAUACCAAGGGGGCCAGCCUGCUUUACCGCAAGUUCGUCCACCCAUCCUUGUCUCGCCAUGAGAAGGUACCACAGGGGGAGGCAGGGCGGGCCAAGGAGCGCAGCUAUGAGACGGUGCUCAGCUUUGGGAAGCGGGGCCUCAACAUUGCCGCCUCGGCUGCUGUGCAGGCAGCCACCAAGAGUCAGGGCGCCCUGGCCGGAAGGCUGCGGAGCUUCUCCAUGCAGGACCUGCGCACCAUCUCCGAUGCCCCCGCCCCCACCUACCAGGAUCCCCUCUACCUGGAGGACCAGGUACCCCACCGCAGGCCACCCAUCGGGUACCGGUCAGGGGGCCUGCAGGACAGUGGCACCGAGGAUGAGUGUUGGUCAGACACAGAAGUGGUCCCCCAGCCAUCAGCGCGGCCCCGAGAGAAGCCUCUGGGCCGCACCCAGAGUCUGCGUGUGGUCAAGAGGAAGCCGCUGGUGCGGGAGGGCACCUCGCGCUCCCUGAAGGUUCGGACGAGGAAAAAGACCACGCCUUCAGACAUGGACAGCUAG